ACUCCAGGUCAAAAGACGUCCAGACACUCCUUCAUUUAUCAUCCCAGCAGCUUUUGGAGAAGACACCCACCUCCAGCAUGGCCCGCUCCUCUGCCGCCGAGGGCGUUUAGAUCCAGUGAAAGCCACAUUUCACACUAGAAAGCUCCAGACUUGAACGUGGAAAAUGAGGCUGCCGGUGGAAGUCAACGUGUUUCUGCUGUCGCUCUUGGCACCUGGAGUUUUAUACUGCAUGAACAACUUUCCUGUGCUUCAAGAGCCUCUUCCCAUCCUGGGAAUGGGGAUGGUGGUACUGGGAUCAGUUCUGCUGGUUCUGCUCCUCACUGUUCAACACAAGAAGACGGUGGAUCCUUUAUUUUAUGUAUUUGCAGAGUUCUCCUUCACCUGCGUGGUGGGCUUGACCAACGCGUUGGAGCAGGAUGGCUUCAUCUCCGGCUUCAUGGACUUCUACUUGAAGAUGGGGGAGCCGCACCUUGGCAGCGCCUACGCUGUGAUGAUGUCAUACUGGGAAGGUGUCGUUCACUUUGUCCUCUUCCUCACCAUCAUCCACCAAAUGUUCCGAGGGAAGUCCUACCGGAGUUUGGGCCUGCUGUGGGCAGGGUCUUCCAUUGCUCACCAGAUUGUUCUGAUCCCUGGAGUCAUCAUUGGUAAACACGCGACAAACCUCAAACCUGCUUUUUGGAGGAACACACCCUUCUUCUUGGUGCCUUUCUGGGCUGCAGCCGUGCUCCUCAGCCGACCCAGGGAGCUGCCAGUCGUCCCAGCAGACAAGAUACUGGCCGACCAAAGGAAGAGUCUUCUGUCGCGACCUGUCGACCUGCUUCUCUCUGUGCUGCUGCUGGGAGCUGCAGCCUUCUCAGCCUUCAGAGCCUUGGUGGUGCUGGACUGUCCCCUGGAUGCCUGCUUCACCUACGUGUACCAGUACGAGCCCUACCUCAAAGACCCUGUGGGCUUCCCUAGAGUAAUGAUGUUGGUGCAUUUCUUCUACGCCCUGCCGCUCCUGGCCGCCCUCAUCUAUGGACUCAGGACUCCGGGCUGCAGCUGGAUGCUGGACUGGACCCUUCUCGUUGCGGGAGCCAUGGCGCAGACCCAGUGGUGCCACAUGGGAGCUUCUCUCCACUCCAGAACUUCAUUUACCUACAGAGUCCCGUCGGACAAAUGGUGGCCUGUCAUGACGCUCAACCUGAUCCUGGCUGCUGCGCCGACUCUGCUCGCCCUGCGCUGCCGCUACAGCCCCGCCUACUUCAUGAAGACCGUGCCCAAGGGCCAGACCAGCGCGGAGAAGAAGAAAAACUAAACCCUUGUCUACUUGAACAACCAGAUAUACAGACCAGAGCUCAAACCUCACACUCCUGCAUGGACCUUUGGACCCCGGCGUGGAUCAGAUCACACCACGAAAACUGAUUCAAUCUACUACAGAAGCAUCUGUUUCAUCACGUUGGUACUGAAAAUCUCACCAGUUUAUAUCUCACAGAUCUGAGCAGCCAGUGUUGACUGAAGGCUGAUAAAGAGGUCAAUGUUCAUGCUGUAAAUUGUAUUUCGUUGAUGCACGAAUGACCGACAUGUCGGUGUGUGAGUGACCUGCGUGGAGUCACUGUGUUUUCUACUGGAGGUGGGUAUUUUAAUGUGCUGAAUAAAAUAUAUUGAAGUACUUGAAUUAAUUUUAUGUUUAAUGGCAUUUUAUUUAAACUAUUAAAGUAAAAUGUAACAUUAAAAUGCAUCACAGUCACACCACUUGUUUAUGACCACCCUGUUGCUUGUUAGCGAAGUAACAGUGAAAUUGAAAUU